AUAGAGCCCAAGCGCGCUAUCUCGAUGUGAUUUGAUUGUGUGAUUUAUAAAUAGGAAGGGCAGGUGGGGAGUGUCAUCAGUACACUAGAGCGGAUCUCGGGAUCAAGUUUGAAUUUUACGCCGACAUAACUAUCACAAACAGAAUCAUGUCUGUCCCAACAGUAACGGUAAGGGAAUUGUCUGACGCCAUCAAUGACAAUACCGUCAAUGCAACCCCCAAAAAGGUCUUGGAAGGUAUCCUCAACGACUACAUGGACCUUCAAUACGCCAAGGAGACGCCGUACACCACAGGCAAGCAGGUUCUUCCCACCGGCACGACUAUUGAUGACGUAGACAAGUCCAUCUCUGACGACAGCGUCGAGAAGAAGUUCAACGAUCUCUUUGUGAAAAUUUCCGAAACGGAAAAGAGUGGUGACCAUUCACCCCAAUCAAAGAAUGACGGAACAUGGGAUUCAAAACUUUCUCCCGUCUUAGUUUUAGUUAGACCUAAUCUGUAAGCUAUUUAAAUUAGAAUUUAUUGUUUUUUGUUUCAGCAUUUUUCUUACUUAUAUGUAUCGCUUUUAAUUUAUUUAAUAAAAUAA